AUGGCCCUCUUCAAAGAUUUCGAGGCACUUCAUAGUUUCAACGUGGAAAAACCUUCCUCGACAGUUUUGCUUACCGUCUUUCUCACUGUGGUUUCUCACUCGGCCGAGUUCAGUGUUAUGCGAGAUCUCAAGGUUCCGACGAAUGACCAUGGCCACGAUAUAUGUACUGCGACUCCUGCUUCGUACAACAUCAAGUGCCUUAGUCAGGGCUCUGCGCAUGCGAAUAUCUUCACCUGGGUGUUCUAUAUCAACUGCCGUGGCACUGAUCCCUCCCCCAAUGAGUGUACUCCGCAGGCCCUCGGGUUUAUGAUGCACAGCGCCCAGGAGAAUUCCCAGUGCCACUCGUCAAUAUCGGCCUUGGUUGUCCAAACCCAGCAUCACAGAGCCGGGUGA